AUGUACGCAACCGACGACAGUUCCCGGAGCUCCGGCACCGAUUCAGGAUCCACCGCCGAUGAUUCUUCUCACUGGACAGCUGAAACAAUCAACAGCGGAUCUCUCCGCCACGUCGAUCUCAACACCGGAACAAACGGCUGGGCUUCACCUCCUGGCGAUGUCUUCAACCUCCGCUCUCAGAGCUACUUCACAAAACGACAAAAAUCUCCCGCAGGUGAAUAUCUCCUCUCUCCUGCCGGCAUGGACUGGCUCAAAUCCUCAACGAAACUCGACAACGUGUUGAGUCGCUCCGAUAAUCGAAUCUCCAGCGCGCUCAAGAAAGCGCAAUCCAACGGUAAGUCGUUGAAGAGUUUCAUCUUCGCCGUGAAUCUCCAGAUUCCCGGUAAGGAACACCACAGCGCGGUGUUCUACUACGCGACUGAAGAUCCGGUUCAAUCCGGUUCGUUACUCGGACGGUUCAUCGAAGGAGACGACUCGUUCCGAAAUCAGCGGUUCAAGUUAGUGAACCGGAUCGUGAAAGGACCGUGGAUAGUGAAAAAGGCUGUAGGUAACUACAGCGCGUGUUUGUUAGGGAAAGCGCUGACGUGCCAUUAUCAUAGAGGACCUAACUACUUCGAAAUUGACGUUGAUAUAGGAAGUAGCGCAAUAGCGAAUGCUAUCUUGCGGCUUGCGUUGGGAUAUGUGACGAGUGUUACGAUUGAUAUGGGGUUUGUUGUGGAGGCGCAGACGGAGGAGGAGUUGCCGGAGAAGUUGAUCGGUGCGGUUAGGGUUUGUCAAAUGGAAAUGUCUUCUGCUUGUACUAUUGUGGAUGCGCCAAGGAUAGGGAUUGCUAAGGUCAAUCAUCAUGGUGCCACUGACUCAAGUGAAAGUGAAAAUUAA